AUGUCAUCAUCAUCAUCAUCUGAUGAUGUCGACGAAAUAUUGGAUGAUGUAUCGACGAAAUCGUCGAAGAUACAUACAAUGAUAUUGUGGAGCCCCAACCAAAUAAUCGACGGAGACGUGCUUAUGUAUAACGAUAUCGUGAAGGAGGCCAUAACCGUUUAUGGAAUGACUACUUCAGCACAAGAUGCAACCGGGAGGUUUGGUCAUACACCGCUUCAAAAAUGUACGGCAGCAAUUCGUCAGCUUGCUUAUGGUUCUGCAGCUGAUGCGGUUGACGAGUAUCUUCGAAUUGGUGAGAGCACUGCACUUUUGUGUUUACAUAAGUUCACUGAUGGAAUCAUCCGGUUGUUUGGAGAAGAGUAUCUACGAAGACCCACACCGGCGAAUCUUCAAAGACUUCUCGAUAUUGGAGAGACACGUGGGUUUCCUGGGAUGGUCGGGAGCAUUGACUGUAUGCAUUGGGAGUGGAAAAAUUGCCCAACCGCUUGGAAACGACAAUACACGCGUGGAUCAGGAAAACCGACAAUUGUAUUAGAGGCUGUAGCUUCACAAGAUCUUUGGAGAUGGCACGUUUUUUUUGGUCCUCCAGUUCAAGAAGCAACCCGUAAAGAUGUGGAGCGGGCUUUUGGAGUUCUACAAGCCCGGUUUGCGAUUGUGAAAAACCCGGCUCUUUCAAUGAACAAGGCAAAGAUAGGGAAGAUUAUGAGAGCAUGUAUCAUACUACACAACAUGAUAGUCGAAAAUGAACGAGAUGGAUACAUUCGUUAUGAUAUUUCAGAAUUUGUAGAAGGAAACGUCACCAGAAGUUCAGAGGUCGAAACCGAGAGGCCUACAAAUCUGAAUAAUAUGUUUCCCAAUCGGAAUGAUCUUCGUGAUAGGCAAAUACAUGAACGAUUGAAGAAUGAUUUAAUCGAAAAUAUUUGGAACAAAUUUGGUGAAGAAGAUUAA